AUGAUGGUCAACGGCACCUGUGUUAAUACUCCUACGGUUCCUCUAAACGGGACCUUCGCGGCUUCAUUGACGGGGCUGUUCAGUUUGAUUGCUAUUAUUUGGCUAUCUCAAUCCAUGUACAAGCAAAGGCAGUUCUCAAAACCUAAAUUUCUGUCCAUAGCAGUGUGCUUUACCGAUCUGAUGUUUGCCGUUGUCAUCAUCAUCAUCGUCGUCAUCUAUUUUUUUGUUUUAGGAAUCAGCAAUUCACUACUACUAGCUUCCAGGUGGUUGGGGUAUUGUGCGAUGGGAGGGGACACAGGUUGCACUAUCCGGGGAUUCUGCAGAAGCUCCAUCAUGGUAACUGCGCAAAUGAUGGUGCUGUUCAUGACGAUAGAAAGAUAUAUAGCACUGCGAUUUCCUUUUCGCUACCAGCAGCUGCUGCCACCACGAAGAAUUUUGAUCACGACUUUCAGUAUAUAUGUCUAUUCGAUCUUACUCUCAACUUUACCAUUCAUGGGAGUGAACUCGUAUGGCUAUGACUACUGGUGUGACUUCCAUUGGAACGACACCUCUCCUGCAGGCAGGAGUUUCGUUUUCUACAUACUCCUUCAAGGCACUGGCUGCAUGCUCUUCACCAUUUUCUGCAACAUCUCUGUCAUAUAUGAGGUGCUUGCUAUUAAACGCCGGGUGGACCUCGCAAACAGGAAACAAUCUUUUAAAGAAGAGGUUGAACACAUCAAGUUUAUUAUUAUCAUGGGGCUUGUGUCAGUCCUGUAUAUCAUAUGCACCGCACCGUAUCUGGUAUGUUUGAUUAAAAUAAAGACUUGUAUUUCUUUUUAUGCAAGUUGAUACAGUUACACUUUUCAAUUUUCAGCUACGACAUCGUUCUUUCGUUUGAGUGCUACUAUGACGUCGUUCUUUCGUUUGAGUGCUACACUAUGACAUCGUUUUUUCGUUUGAGUGCUACACUAUGACGUCGUUCUUUCGUUUGAGUGCUACACUAUGACGUCGUUCUUUCGUUUGAGUGCUGAAUGUGCUGCAAAACACUAACGACAAACUUGAUCAAUGCAUUUAUUGAUUUUUGUGAUAAAAGAAAAAAAAAUUUUGGUGGGAAAAUUCUGUUUACCCCAUUUAUCUGGUUAGGAUAUUGUAGGAAAAUGGGAUUCUUUAGUUAAUAUUGCAAGCUUGAUUACAUAUAUAUAUAGUUUACGAUCUUUUCUCGUUAUUUCCAGUCGUUGACUGGGUAUGUUUACAUGUGCGUGUGUGUUGCUAUUGUUUUUUUUUUUUUACACCCGAUGUUACCGGUAUGGCACGCCAAAUUCACAAAAAUGAGCUAAACAUAGUUUCACAGUUGAUAAACUAGGUUUAUCGACUGUAAACUAUAGUUUGCGGACCGUAAACUAUACUUAACGAUUCGUUCAUCUAUAUUUCACAUCUGUAAACCAUAGUUAACGUAGUUCCACACUCCUGUGACGUCAUAAGAUUGUGCAAAGUCAAUAAUUUAAUGACUGGAACAUAAAUUUUGUUGGAGUCUUUUUCAAUAGUUAUUGUAAAAAAUCUUGUUAGCCAUAAAAUAUUUCAAAAGUCUUAGUUAUAUUUGAAUAGUCAAUUAUGCGUUUCAAAAUAUUGAAUCCAAGGACAAUAACUCUGUUUUCAUUGAAUUAUUUAUCAAGUCCAUUAUGCAAUAGAUUUCCUAUAUUUUUCACAAACAUUUUACCAAGGUGAUAAGGAAUUAUUAUCUGUGUCUUUUCAUGAAAUUACAUAAAAUUUUAAUCCAUGAGUGGUUUUGAAUAGCUCAGUUGUAUGGUGCCAGACUUAGGGUUUUUAUGGGGGUAUACAUACUCUGGAAGCUAUAGAUUUGAAAUUAUUAAGGAAAGGUAUGGAUUUUUUUUUCAUAAAUAACUAUAACAGAUGUACAUCUACUAAUAUAACCAGAAAAAAUGAUAUGUAAACCAUGCUAUAAGGAAAUUGUGUCCAUAUUUGUUUGUUUUUUAACAUUUUGGAGAGUAAGGCUAAUUCAAUGAUUUUGCACUUAUUAUACUAAAACUUAAUGAACAUAGUGAAAAUGACAUGUGUUUUAGUUCUUGACAUGUUUCCUGAUAAAUAAAUGCAAUUUAAAAUUUUUGUUGUUGUUUUUAUUUUAAAAUAACAACAGAUAACUGUUUCCAAUGAAUUUCAUAAAAAUCUACAUAGGGGUACAUUACUUCAGUAGUGUCUGUAAUGAAAAUAAAUCUGGAAAUCCUUAACUAUUUUGCCUUUUCUCAUUACUCUGAAUGUUAAUCUAUUGAUUCCAAACAAAAAAAUGCUACCUAAACCCCAAAAAUCCAGGACUAAGGACCCACCUUAACAGAUAUCUAUGUUUCACAAGCGUAAACUAUAAUUAACAAUGAAAACAAUCAUUAGCGAUUGCAAAACAUAGUUUAUCUGAUAAAUACGGUUUCACGAUUGUAAACUACGGUUUACAAGUCUAAACUAUUAUUAAGUUUAUCUGAUAAAUAUAGUAUCACAAUUUGUGAAAUUAUGAUUAACAAUUGUGAACUAUAGUUAACGAAUGUAAAUUAUAGUUUACAAAUGUGAAUCUGUAUUUAUCAGCAAAAUCUAUUGUUAACGUUUAUUUAAAGACAGAUAAACUUGGAUUAGCAUUUGUAAACUAUAGUUUACAACCGUUAAAUAUAGUUUUACGGAUGAAAACUAUAGUUAACGAAUCGUUAACUAUAGUUUACGGUCCGUAAACUAUAGUUUACAGUCGAUACACCUAGUUUAUCAACUGUGAAACUAUGUUUAGCUCAUUGUUGUGAAUUUGGCGUGCCAUAUACCGGUGUUAUUUAUAGUUUUAAUCAAAGGUUUGUCUUUAAAACCACAAGUUAUUAAUAUGACUAUUGCCUACUUACGCUGAUUACUUCAGUAGCAUGGUGUUCAUCCACAUAUAUUUGUGUAUAUAGCGAUUUUCUAAUGUGAUGUACAAACACGUUGUUCGUGUUAGGUGCCAUAUUUGUUUUAUUAUAAAAGUCAGAGCUGGGGCCACGUCGAUUUCUAUUUGACCCCGAUCUUGGGGUCAAAGUUGUUUAGGUUGGAGACGGCUUUUUUUGUUUGUUUUUUACUACGAAGAGUACCUCUAAUGUAAGUGUUUAAUCUUUAUUAUAAUUGGAUUUAUUGACUCGAUUUUAAGUUAUUUCAGUUAUAGAUAAACGAUAUAGUCCCGUAGAAUACUUAGCCGGGGUUGGUUCGAUGGGGAUUAGGAUUGUCCGGGGAAAGUUAGAGUUGACCCGUCUGUACGUGUGUUGCCCCGUUCCUGGUGGGGUUGUCCCGUCUGUUACCCCGGACUCAAGAAAAAGUAUACAAGUCAGAAUCCGACAAGAUUCUGGGAGAUAGCUAAUUUUACUUUACGGAUAGGACGUUCCAGGUGUUGCCUGAUAAGGCUGAUCUGGAGAUUACAGUAAUUAAUUAGGAUUAGAUUAGGUAAUUACUUAGGUUAAGAAUCAUUCCCAGUUACCUGUGUUCAGAAUUACUGGUGUUAUUUAUCAUUUCCAUUAGUGGAACUCUUCAAAUUAAAGGCGCGUAAAGUCGUGCUACCGGGACAAGAUACGUAAACAUUAUUUAGGCAUACGUAAUGUAUUUAUGGUAUCGAAUACAUAUUACAUGUAUAACAGACUGCAAACCACGACACUGAUUAAAAUUCUAAAGGCAUUUAGGAAUUGAUUAUUCUUACAAGAAAACAGGCGAACUUAUUAAGCUAUGUGAGGGAGUGCAGGUACUAAAUCUGCCAAAUGUGACCGAUAUAAAGCAUCGAUCGCAAGAAGAACUGUGAAGGGAAAAACCAAUAUGCACAUCCGACACAAUAACUUUUCUUGUAAUUAAUGGAAUUCCUAUUUUAUUAAAAUUAUUCUGUGAGACUAUGAAGACAUUCUAUUUUAUCCUACAAUUUGGACAGGUUCAUAUGGCAUGGAUGUUGUGUAAAUCGGAUUUGGAUUUGAGGCAAAUUCUGUGAAUCGCGUUAGCGAUUCACAGAGAAUUUGCCUCAAAUCCAAAUCCGUUCAUAUUGACCAUGAACAGCUCAAAAGUGAUGUUCAUUUCUUAUAUUUAUAUUCAUUUACUAAAACACCGUUUGUUUACAUUCCUUCUAUUUUGUUGCAUAAAAUGAACUCCUAGCCUCUGUCACAGUAGUUAUUGUGACGUACGUCAACACAUAGACAUGACGUCACAUUUCGUCUCACCCUGCCUUUUAUCAACAUUGCAAGGUGCACUGUAUUUUGGAGGUAGGAGACCGCAAGAUUGAGAUGAUAAUCCACGUAAGUUUACAAUCUUAAUCCAAAGGUGUGACUUGAGAGAUCUUUGUAACAGAUGUUCUAUUUUUUUUCCAAACCAUUACGCUCUCUCAGUCGCGUGCUUUAAGCUAGUUCAUAAUCCGUUCAUAGUCAAUGUGAACGGAUUGUGUCGCGCGCUGAAAUUGGUUGGUUCAUAGAGGAAAAUGUGAUUUGCAAUAUAAAUAUAUAAUGAUAGUCUUUGCAUGUAGUUUACUGAAUUGUGUACUUAACAAUAUCCGUACAUACAGCAAUAUAAAUUCAUAAAAUUGUAUAAUUGUAUUCUAAGUUGCUCGAAUAACUUCCAUUUUGUCAAAAAACAUUUCAACAUAGAACUUUGUUUCUAAUAGCAAAUUUCAAUUCUAUAUUGUAUACAAUAACAACGUCAGCUUAAAGUUAUUUAACACAAGUGUUUUGUUCUGACAUCUGCAACAAUAUAUAUAAUAUUUAAGGUGGUAAUUAAUAAUGUUACUAAAUUCAUUAUCAGCACAUCCAAGAAUACAUUCUUUUUACAAGUUACAACAUCAAAAGAAAACAUGUCACUGAUUCAUUUAUUUACGUUCCUUAUAAAUAAUUGAACUAGUUCACAUUCAUACAAUAGAUGUUCAAUACUUUCUCUUUGUUGGCUACAUAAUGUACAUAGAUCUGCAUCUGACUUGUGAAUAAUUUUUAAGAAUGUGUUAGUAGUCAAAAUGCAAUAUCCUAUGGUUAACAAGAUAUUGAAACCAUUGUAUUUUUUCCUUUAAGUAAUAAAAGUACAGUAGUAUUAAUGUUUUUCCAUUCAACUUGUAAAAUUUGAAACUUUUCAUUCCAUUUUAAUUGGCCUGUAGGUUUUACUUCAUUAUCAUUAAGAGUAUUAUAAUUUUUUAAAUUUCCAUUUUUGUCUAAAAUCAAAGGAAUUAAAUGUGUUGGAAUAAAAGGUUCUGUUAAUUUACUCAGUUGAUCAAUCGUAUGAUGUUUCAUUAUUUUCUUUACUACAUUGACUUUGGUUACACUUAAAUAUUCUUAAAAAAUGGUUUCUACUUUGUUAUAAAUAAAUGUAAAUUUGUUGUAUUCCAUUAUUUUUCCAUCAUCGUCUAAUAAUGAAUUAGGGAAGUUGAUAUUAUUUUCACUCCAUGCCUUCAAAAAUAUUAUUUUAUUAUUUACCUUUAAGUUCUCGUUAUACCAUAGAACACUAGAAGACAAUUGUUCUUGAGUGAUGUUAUUAUCAUGCGCAUAACAAUCAACAAGUUUAUUCCAGGAUUGAAAUACAUCAAACCAAAACUGAUUCUUAGAUUUCUUCACUUUCUGUAAAGCAUAAAGUGACCCUAAAUUAAUAACGUGACUGAUAUCAAUAUCUGUACCUAUCACUGAUUGUCAUUUGGCAGAACACUUGAGUAAUUCUCUAACCCAGGAUAUUUUCAUGGUGUCUAUAAAAUUCUCAAUAUCAAUCAUUUUAAGUCCCCCUUUUUCAUAAUUCUGAGUGACUACUUUAUUCUAAAUUUUAGAAAUAGGACUCUUCCAUAGGAAUUCAAACAUAAUCUGAUUUAGUUGUUUAAUAAUAUCUUUCGAUGGAUUGGGUAAAGCAAUACUUAGAGUUUAGAUAUAGCAAGUGACUUAAUAACAGAGGUACGACCAAUAGGAUAUAGCAAAAAUUUAGAGAUUCACAAUACAUGAGUGCGAGGAGCAGUAUGCUAUGUAAUAUAAGAAAUGAUAUUAAACAGUAUUUAUCCCUCAUCUAGACAGUUGCUUCAAAACAAAAGUGGGUUAUUCAACCUACAAAAAAAAAGAAAAGAAAAAGGAAUAUUAUUAUAUAAUUUUGUGCAAAUUAUGCAGAUA